AUGUGGCAAGCAGUCGAGACAUCUAUCCAAACAUUUAAUAAAAAUUGUCGACCCAAUCCGGGUUCAAGAAGUAACGCAAAAAGUGCUACACCAGUUCAUCCUAUAUCAAGACCAACUUGCUCAAUAACGGAAUUAAUGAAAAAAACUAAUUUCUCUAAAGACGAAAUUCGUCAUCUCUAUCGAACAUUUAAACAAGAUAGUCCAUCAGGACAAGUAAGCAAAGAACAUUUUGCUUCCGUUUUUACAACAUUAUUUCCCACUGGUGAAUGUUAUCGUUAUGCGAUAUUUCUUUUUCAAAAUAUUGACCGAGCAAAUACAAAUAUAAUUCGAUUCGAAGAUCUUGUUACAACAUUUUCUUUACUUGUUCAUGGUUCCAUUGAAGAUCGUCUUGGUUGGAUUUUUGAUUUAUACGAUAUAAAUAAAGAUGGAAUAGAACUAUUUCAAUUGGCUGCAUCAAUUUUUCAACUUAUUGUUCCUGUUAGUAAACUUAAUUAUACACCAGUUAUAAAUGCUAUUGAAGAACGAACAGAUGAAUUAGUUCAUUGCGCUUAUAUUGUUGAUUCAAAUGAAUUAACAAAUAAUCAAAUCGACCAACAAUUAGGAUUAAAUUUACCUUCAUAUUAUGAUCGGUAUGUUCGUACAACAAAAUUUCCGCGUAUUGGUCGUUCACCAUUAACAAGUGAAGAGAUCUCUUCUCUUUUUGAUGUUAAUACAAGUACUAGUAGUGAAGAAAAUUACGAUGAACAUAACAAUUAUGAUAAUGAAUUACGAUUGAUGGAACAACGUAGUGUUUUUUUUCCACGGAUUGGCAAACGUGCAUUUCAUAAUUUACUUUGGUCAAACAGUGUAUCAAAUCCACAUCGUAUGUUAGAUGCUGAAGGUCGAUAUUAUGUCAAUGGCUAUGAUUAUCAUAUACACCGACCUCGACCUCUUUCAAUGUCACGCUAUCGAAGCAAACGAAAUCUUCCUAUGUGA